GCCCAGGAGAGGACAUGCCUUCACCGCGACGCGUUCAUUGGCCGGCGCUUCGCCUGCGUCGUCGUCGCCCUCCUGCGCGUGCUUUCACUUCAGUCUCACCUGUUGACGCCGACAGCAGUACACGCCGACCUGUCGUGUUUUCCUGGGAGGGAUUGAAUCAAACCAGGUGGAGAUAAUAAUUUUAAAAGAGCCCAGCAGUGACAGUCAGCGUCACAGCAGACAGUCUGUGAGCUCGUACUUUGACUUGUGCGUCGGAAAGUGGAAGCUUUAAAAGCUUUUGGCCGGAGUGACGUUUCGACACGCUUCUUCUUCUACCGCGUUUCCCCCUCGUUGGUUUCGUCCGGUUUUGCCACUAUGUUAUGAACUGGAUCACCGCACACAGCCGUUUGUCGCUUAGUUUGGAGCACGUUUUCCAGCCCUCAGAAAUGCCCCAGCACAACAUGGAAAGCCCCAGGAGCCAGUGGCAGCAGCGGAUGCGGCCGCCGUGGAUCACCAGAGUGGCUGGAGGCCAAAGCCCCGCCUCCUCAGGGGCGGAGUCAGAUACAGAGAGUAGCAGCACGGAGAGUGAAACAUCCUGCAUUAAAAAGCAGGAGAUGAACUCACUGAGGGUCCUGCCGUCGCCCUCAUUGCUCCAACGGCGAAUCACAGAGAUCGACCAAAAGAAGGAGGAACUAAAGAUCGAGCUGCAGCUGGAGAUCGCGCUGCUGCAGGGCGAGCUGCAGACGGAGAAGACGCAGCUGCACAGACACACACAGAAGCUGCAGGCUCUGCAGCAGAAGAGCAGACAGUCGGUGAAGAGACACCCCGACAGACAGAAGGAGCGAGAGAGUCUUGAGGAGGAAAGACGCAGGGUGGAGGAACUGAAGAGGAGGUGUGAGGAGAAGGAGAAACUGAUCCCCAGUCAGCCAGAGAACCAGAGAGAACAGCUAAGACUGCAGCUGCAGCAGGAGAAAGAGGUGAUGGAAGUGGCGGUCCGGACCUUUGAGGACUGGGAGUUUCGUGUUCUGGAGCGAGAGAGCGGCAUCGACAAUGAGGACGACAGCACCGCAGAAGAGAAGGACGGAGGGAGUGAAGGGGAGAUGGAGAAGGAAAUCUCAUGUCAGCAGCAUGUGGUCAACGCUGCACAGGAGCGAGUCCAGCAGUUGGAGAGGCAGCUGAGGGAGAUGGAGAGGGAAAAGGAGAGGGAGCUGACCGCCUUGAGGAAAGAAAAGAGGGAACUCAUCCACACGAGUCAAACGGUUCUCAAAGAGAAGAAGCUGUUCACCGAUUGGUCGAACAUCACCAAUUCAGUCCCUUGCAUGAUGUCACUCUCCCCUCUGACGCUGCACAAGCCUCCUCAGGAACCAUGCAAAGAAUCUGUCAGUUUGCCCAGAAGACGGAGUUCGCAUCGCAAACUCACCGACAGGCCGCUCUCAGCACACGCGUUGGUCCGGACUCUUCCAGACAGCCAGACCCCGGUGGCUUUCACACCCCCCCUCCCGCCCCACAGGCUCAGCAACGGGCACGGCGUCGGACACAAACCUGGGACCAGUAACGGCGGCGGGUUCAUCACUCCGUGUAACAGUGCGACAAGCUCUCGCGCCGCCAGCCCGUCUCUGCUGGAUCUCGUGGAGAUCGAGAGGAAACUGAGGGAAGCCAAGGCGGAGAGAGAGAAGCUGCUGAGGGAGAGGGAAGAGCGACGGCGGUUGUUGUUGGACGAGAGAAGGCAGAGGGAGCUAAACUCUCCCAGGACAGGACCACUGGAGCCAAAUCCCCAACAAAGACCAGAACUUGAACCAGUGGAGCAACCACAGGCCAUUUCUCCCCCAAACUCCCCGCGCAGCCUGCCCCUUUUCCUGUCUCCCAACUUUGACCUGCGGGCCCACUUGGAGUCUCUGGGUCACGGAGUGGCCGACUGCACUGACCUGCGGCUGACGCCUCGACGCUGUGCGGGAUUCCUUACCAAGCGAGGGGGGAGGGUCAAGACGUGGAAGAAGAGGUGGUUCCUGUUUGACAUGGACCACAAACGACUAGCCUACUAUACAGACUGUGAUGAGAGGAAGCUAAAGGGAGUCAUCUACUUCCAGGCCAUAGAAGAAGUUUACUACGACCAUCUACGAACAGCCACUUCUUCUCCACGGCCCAGUCUGACGUUCUGCGUGAAGACAUACGACCGUCUCUUCUUCCUGGUGGCUUCCAAUGCAGUAUCCAUGCGGAUCUGGAUGGACGUCAUCGUCACUGCAACAGACGAGCACAGCCGUUAUUGACCUCUUGCAUAUGGGGGCCAAGUUGCUGAAUCUGUGCCUGGACUCAGGAAUCUGUGGAUGAAGUGCGUCGGGAGGUGCGGUGUUUGGAAGUGCCGAGCAGAUGUCCACAGAUGUAGUGGAUGAGACUGUUACUGAAGGAGUGAUGCUCUGGUGGUGACAGAGGUUCACCACUGAACCAGCUGCAAACCACGUGCAGCUUGACACACCAGCCCCCGCACUGGGUGUCUGUUACUGGGAGGUUUCACUCUUUGAGCAUGGCCUCCCCCUGCUGGUCACAGUCCAGCAUUACAGGACUGGUGGACACUACAACACACUACAACAGGGACAUCAUAAUAACACUGACUGUGUAAUGCAUUCCAAUGUAACAGUAUACCUGUUGACUGUUGAGAGUUUAUUUGUGCUGUAUUUUGUUUUGGAUUGCUUUGUAUUGUCGAGUGUUUCCGCUCACAUGUCCAUAUCCUGUACCUUUCAUGAAUUAAGUUAUUAUUUGGAGAUUUUAUAUGGGUUUGAUAUACAGAAAAAAAAAUGAAGACAUAUGCUGUUAUGAAAGCACAAUUAAAUGUUUAUUCAUAAAAA